AUGCCAUUGGAUUGGCUUAAUACCGAACCGUCAAACGAAACGGUAGCUCUGUCCAUGAUCAAAUUACCAGCUGCCGUGGACUGCAGCGAUGCCUCCUUUGGCGGCACUGUCAUCACAAACCCCGGAGGUCCGGGCAGUUCUGGUGUUCGCCACGUCCUUAAAAACGGCCGCUACAUGCAAACCAUGAUGGAUGGCGAGAAGCACUUUGAGAUCAUGUCCUUUGACCCAAGGGGCGUGGCACAUAGCAAACCAGCCGCAGAUUGCUACGCCAGCGAGCCCGCGCGAACAGCCGCCGCCUGGCAGAGUCGAGGCUUCACCAAUUUCGACGCCUCUGCCGAGAAUCUCAAGUACCAAAAGGCAUUCGCGGCUGCGCGAGGCCUUCAAUGUGCAAAGCCCGGCCCCCACGGCUACGCCAUUCAAGAGUACAUGGCUACGGCGUCGGUUGCUCGCGACAUGGUCCGCAUCAUCGAUGAGAUUGAAAGCCUACGUCAGAAAACACUGGCACAAAAGCUCCAACACGAAGCUCAAAAGCCCGUGACCAGCAAGCCUGCUAAUGUGGCGAGACUGCAAUACUACGGGACUUCGUAUGGCACCUUUCUCGGAAACACCUUCAUGUCCAUGUUUCCAGGGCGCGUGAAGCGCAUGGUUCUCGAUGGGGUGAUAGUUCCAGAGGACUGGGUUGCGGCGGACUGGCACAAUUCCCUUCUGGAUAGCGAGAAAGCGCUCGAAUACUUCUACCGCUCGUGCUUUGAAGCCACGGCCAAGUGUCCCUUGACCAAGUCAUCCGACCAUUCUUGGCAUUCAAUACGGGACAGAGUGCGUACAUUGCUUGGCGAGCUGGAGGCCAGCCCGAGACCGGUCCUGACACAAGGGGGAACAGAAGCCAUCAUCACAGCUGGCAUGGUUCGCUCGUCCAUCUUCAACGCGCUCUACCAACCCGUCGACAAGUUUGAACCGCUGGCCGAGUCACUGGCGAGUGCAUUACAAGGCAACUACACCUUACUUGUUCAAAACACGGGCCUCGGCCACCCGGCGGAUGGAUGUACCCCCAAGAAGCCAGGUGAAUACAACUGGCUUGGUCUCUCGUCCUCGGCGGUAGUAUGCGGUGACGCUCAAGACGUGACGCAUCACGAUGAGCGCUACUGGCAGGGCUACUUCGAAAAGCUGGGAGACCGAUCUCCGGAAUUCGGACACCAUGUUGCCAAAAUACCCUUCACGUGCUCCGGAUGGAAGAGCAGGCCGAAAUACAGAUUCACCGGGCCAUUUUCGUCCCCGCAAGCAGAUACCAGCGACAAACAGGAACGACCCUCCGCGCCGGCUCUGUUGUUAUCUAGCUGGAUCGACCCUAUCACGCCGCUCCAGAACGCGCACAGGGUGUCAAAGAGCCACCCGGGGUCCAGGGUCUUGUCACAAAGGGUGGUGCGGACGUACAUGGCCACUGGUGCACUUCCGGAUGAAGGCGCGCAGUGCGAGCCGGAUUGUGUGCCCUGGGAGCAGUGUGAUGACGAGAGAACGUCGCUGCCGCGGUGA